GUGUUGAAUCCGAUGGGUUGGGAUGCUUUUGGACUUCCAGCUGAGAAUGCCGCUAUAGAGCGAGGCCUCGAUCCAGAGGAGUGGACUAAAAGUAACAUUCAGUCCAUGCGGGAGCAGCUGGACAGCCUCGGGCUUUGCUUCAACUGGGACCGGGAAGUAACCACCUGUCUCCCAGACUACUACAAGUGGACCCAGUAUCUGUUUAUCAAGCUGUUUGAAGCAGGGCUGGCGUAUCAGAAAGAGGCUGUGGUGAACUGGGACCCCGUUGAUCAGACGGUGCUGGCGGAUGAGCAGGUGGAUGAAAACGGUCGCUCCUGGAGGUCUGGCGCGCAGGUGGAGCAGAAGCUCCUCACACAAUGGUUCAUCAAGACGACAAACUAUGCCAAGCCUCUCCUGGACGCCCUGGACGAUCUCCCAGAGUGGUACGGAGUCAAAGCCAUGCAGGCGAACUGGAUCGGAGAGUGCACUGGCUGCUACUUUGAUUUCAAACUCAAGGUGAACGGGGAGGAGACGGGGGAGACCUUGUCAGCCUACAGCUCCUCCCCAGAGACGGUGUUCGGAGCGGCUUACCUGUCCAUCCUGCCCUCCCACAGACUUCUGCAUGGCAGCAGCUCAGUCCGCUCCGCCCUACAGAGAGCCUUGCAGCCAGGCAGAGACUCCCUCACAGAGGUCACAGCUCACAACCUGUUCACCGGCCACGAGGUUCCCGUGGUCAUUUCACACAAGGAGACGUUUGAUGACUAUCUGGACACUGUGCUUGGUGUCCCAGACUGCAGCGAGGAGGAUUUGUCUGUGGCCACAGCUCUGAAUCUGAGGUGGACCACUGUGCUGGAAACCCAUGAGGAUGGGACACAAACUCUAAUCAACUCCAAGGAGUUCUCAGGCCUCACCAGAGAACAGGCCUUUGACUCCAUUACCCAAAAAGCCAGAGAGCAGAAGGUUGGAGGCCACCUCACCAGCUCCAAGCUCAGGGACUGGUUGAUAUCCAGACAGCGGUACUGGGGCACACCCAUCCCUGUGGUGCAUUGUGGGUCUUGCGGUCCCGUCGCAGUCCCCGAGGAGGAGCUGCCAGUCACUCUGCCAAAGCUGCCUUCUCUCACAGGAAAAGGUGCAUCGCCUCUGGGAGCUGCACACGACUGGGUCAACUGCAAGUGUCCAAGAUGUAAAGGCCCAGCGAGGAGGGAGACCGACACCAUGGACACAUUUGUGGACUCGGCCUGGUACUACUUUAGAUAUACAGACCCUCACAACCCAAACAGGCCUUUUGAGCGUUACCUCGCCGAUCGCUGGCUGCCUGUGGACGUCUACAUCGGAGGGAAAGAACACGCCGUCAUGCACUUGUACUACGCUCGCUUUCUCUGUCAUUUCUGCAAGGAUCAGGGUCUUGUGGCUCACAGGGAGCCUUUCUGGAAGCUCCUGGUCCAGGGUCUGAUCAAAGGCCAGACUUUCAAACUGGCUGACAGCGGCCAGUACCUGAAGAGAGAAGAAAUAGACUUCACAGAUAAGGAACCGGUGGCGCUGAGCGGUGAUCGUAUUGAGGUGACAUGGGAGAAGAUGAGCAAGUCUAAACACAACGGACUGGACCCCCAAGAGGUGGUGCAGCAGUACGGCGUGGAUACGGUUCGACUUUACAUCCUUUACGCUGCGCCGCCUGAGCAGGACAUCCUCUGGAAUGUCAAGACCGACGCUCUUCCUGGUGUUCUUCGAUGGCAGUCCCGACUGUGGCAGCUGGUCACCAAACUGAGAGCGGCGCGGCAACUCGGAGACAUCCCCAACCCCUCCCUGCUGAAAAAGAAAGAGCUGGCAGAGGCCAAGAAGAUCUGGGAGAACAAGAACUACGCAAUCCAAGAGGUGACGGCUCACUUCACAGAGGACUUCCUUUUUAACGCCGCCAUGUCUCGCUUAAUGGGACUCACCAACACGCUGAGUAGUGCAACAGUCAGGGUGCUGCAGCACAGUGUGGAGUUUGAGGAAGCUCUGGCUGCGCUGGUGAUGAUGACGGCACCGAUGGCACCUCACUUGGCUUCUGAACUUUGGGCAGGUCUUUGCCAGGUGAAAAACCCCCUCGUCCCCCUUCUUCUGCGGGGUGGAGACGUCCUGCAGCAGUCCUGGCCGACUGUGGACCCCGAGUAUCUGGAGGCCCCUGACUUUGUGGAGCUGACUGUUCUGAUAAACAACAAGGCCUGCGGCACAGUGACGGUGCCGGUGCAGGUGUCCAAAGACACCAGUCGGGUGCAGCAGCUGGUCUUGGAGAGCCCCAUAGGACAGAAGCUCCUCGGUGAGCGCAGCAUCAAGCGAGCCAUCCUCUCCCCAAGGACUACCCUCAUCAACUUCCUUGUUGAUGAGUGACGUUUGGGCAUUUACUGCCACUUUCGUAGCUACGAGAUGGUGGUGGAUGCUUGUCAAUCAGCAGCUCGGCCCAGACAGACAAACAAAAGAGGUGGACUUUGAAAUGUCAUGUUUACAUCAACCGUCAUUAUGUCAAUGUAAAUACAUCUAAAGACGUUUUAUUUAUAUUUUCCUGUUUUUAUUAAAAAGAUUCAAGAAGCA